AUGCAUCUCAUUUCACUCAUUGCCUUCUCCCUCACAACCGCUAUAACAGCAGUCAGUGCUUAUCCCAUCACCGGCGAGACCGUCAACUGCCGCUCCGGUCCCGGAACAAGCCAUGCGGUCGUCAAAUCAUAUAAAAAGUCGCACGACGUCAAAGUCACUUGCCAAACCUCUGGAGACUCCGUCUUCGGCAACAAUAUCUGGGACAAGACAUCUGAUGGCUGCUACGUAGCCGACUACUACGUGAAAACCGGCAGUAGCAGCUACGUGACCACCAAAUGCAGCGGUAGCGGCGGUGGUGGUGGCAGCACCGGCACAGGAAAGGCAAUUAUCGCUGCAGCUGAGAAGAAGAAAGGCCUCCCAUACGUCUGGGGAGGUGGCGGCUGCAAAGGUCCCUCUGGCGGCGGGUUUGACUGCUCCGGUCUGACGCAAUAUGCUAUCUGCCAGGCAUUGAAGAAGACAAUUCCCCGUGUCGCGCAGGAUCAGUAUGAUUCUAGUAUGGGCAAGCGGUAUCCUCGAGCGCAGGCUAAGGCUGGUGAUCUCUUGUUCUGGGCUACAGGGGGUGAUUGCAAGAACAAGGUUGCACAUGUUGGCAUCUUCAUCAAUGAUAAGUUGAUGAUUAAUGCUGCUCGGACUGGUACACCGGUUCGGGAGCAGGCUAUUUGGACUUCAUAUGGUGGGGAGAGUAUCUGUCCUUAUGUUAUGAGAUUCACUUGA